AUGAAUGGGCAGCGGCAGACGCAAAAACAGAUUGAGAGGACGACAGGAAAGCCGGAAGAGGCGUGGCCUCCGACCAAGGCGGGCGGAGUCUCCAGGAGCUGGGCAAAACACAAGCCCCCCGCCCGCCUCGCGCAAACCCAAACACGCCGCAAGACGAGCGGAACUAACGCCAGUCUGUUGGAGAAAGACAACAAAACGAGCCCACCUGUCAACAUAGCACCCAUUGGCACGGAAAGCGCGUUUCCUGGCGGGAAUUUACCGCUGAGGCGUCUGAUGGACGAUGAAGAGGAAGACACGUCGCGGCCCACCUCGCAGCUCCGGGGGACCGCCUUCGGGGACUUCAAGUACGAAGAGCGGGCCGCGCAGAUCGCGUCUCGUCGGACCGCCGCCGUCGUCGCCGUGCCGGCGAGCGGCUCGCGGAUGCGGCGUCGGGUUCCCUUUCACGGCAACGCCGCGCUGCUCUUGCACUUGCCCGCGCAGUUCGAGCCCCUGGAGGACCGGGGAGCGAGGCGGGCCGCCGCGGCAGAGGAAGAGAGGCGGCGGCGGGAGGAGGAUGACAGGCUGGCGGAGAGGCCCGGCCGGCGGCGGGCGGCGUUGAGCCCGGAGACGCAAAUCGGACAAAAACUCCGGGAGAUCGGAGACAAGUUCCAGCAGGAUCACAUUGACCUGUUCCUGGGGCAGCAGAGACAAAACUUGCCCGUCUGGAUGCGCCUCACCGUGGCCCUGUUUGGCUUCCUCUUCCCCAGACCGCCUCCGGUCCCUCGGCUGAGGGGCGAGCACAGAUGAAGUGCCGGUCCCGCCCCCGUUUACCCCCUCCCUCCCCCGAGCACCGCUUCGUUCUCCCCUCACUGGAACGGGACCAGACUUUUUAGAGAUGGCACUGUAAGAUUGAACACGGGUUUUCGGAGUUUUGUUUUUAUGAAGAAGAGAUCAAGAAAAAACUCUGGUCACCGCUGGACGGAGACUGAUGGCGUUUUGGGUUUUUUUCUCCCCCUCAUAUGUUCCCUCUUUUUCUUGUUCAAGAAGAAGCCAUUGAGUUUGAAGAGCUAUUUUGGAAAUACGACUUGUAAGAUGACCUAUUUUGUACAGCUUUUUUUUUUCUUUUUUUUUUUUUUUAAUUUGUUCUCGGAGGUGAACUCUCAUCAUCAGUCCCGGGAAUGCCUUACGAUUCUCUCCCGCCACUGGAUCGAGGAAGAAGAAAAAGCGUGGACGGGGGAAAAAAACUAGUGGUUUUGUUGCGUUAUUCCUCCAAGAAUAAGAACCUCGACUUCCCUUUUUGACGCUUUCACACUGGCUAAUUUGAUGGCGUAUCGCCAGCCGACCAUCGCCGCUCUCGUCCGCCAGCCGCCUACUUGAAGUGACGCCGCGCAGGCGGACAUUUUGCAAGUGGGGAAGCGUGCAGUCAGGGAAACACGGAAACAAUCACGACCACGGGGAAGUUUUUGGGUGACAAAACUUGUCAGGACAAUCUUUUUAAGCGAGAGGAUGAGCAAUAUUCCAAAAACGUAAAUCGACAUCACUUGAAGCGGGGUACACACAUAUCGAUAACUGAUUAUCAACCCACCCGUGACGAGGAAACAAUACCGUGAGUGUUCUUAUGGCUCUUAUCGUGGGUGGUGUACACAACCCGUCACGCGCGUACUGAUAUUUCCACUGCUAACGUGUAUGUGCAGACGUUCAACUAAGAAAUGCGCCUCACAGCGUGUUUUGUGUUGAACUUUGGUCAUUCACUCCAUGAACUCCGUCAUCUUUUCUCACCAUCGCGACACCCACGUUCUACUACCUACCGCCGCACAUACACACUCUGUUGGGAGCGCGGGGUGCUUAAACUGCUCCAACUUCCGACAAUUCCAGUUGACGAAUAUAAAUGUCCACGGCAGUGAAGGAGUUAAUUAUGAGUCUUAGAAGUGGGAGUACCAAGACUGACACGUGAGAGGCGCCAUUGUCCAGACUGCAGGAAAAUACAGGAAGAUGAGUAGUAGUAGUAGUAGUAGAAGAAGAACGCGUUAGCAUCUCUGGGAAGUAGAUUGCUCUUUCGAACUCUGAUCCUCGGCCCGGCCGAUUGGCGAUAGUCGUAAACGCUGAACAGGUUUAACAUUUACGAUUGUCAGCCUCAGUCAUCGCUCAGGAUAAUCUUUCAGAAGCAUCCGACAAUCAGGAAAUGGUUACCUCGAUCGCAAGAGAGAGAAAAAAAAAUGCUGCGAUUAGGCCGAAUUAUCGGUAAAUGUGUACCCUGCUUAAUCCGAUGAUCUCUCUGCAACUGUUUGGGUCGAGGUCACGCAGAUGAUGUCCGCUCGGUUUGUUGUACACAUGUACGAAGUUUUGAGCAAUUUCUUCAACAACAGCUUUUGUACAGUUUGUGGGCCCACUUUACGACUAAAUUCUUGAGUCUUGGGGGGGGGGGGGGGGGGGGGGGGGGGCACUACUCCUCAACUAGCCGCUACUCGAUUUUUGUACUACUUCCACUCUUUAAAUGUUUGAAUAAUAUCCUGUUUACAACAAGUUGUACCUGGUAUGGCUCUUUAGUGAAACCCAUGAAAAGCACGUUUUUAUAAUUCCUUGUUAUUCACUGGAUUGAAUCAUAGAAUUUGUUUGAAAUAUUUUUCAUUCUAGACUCGACUGUUGAAAAUGUAGGGUUUUUUUUUUUUUUUUUUUUUUUUUGGUCUAUGUCUUCUGCCAGAUUCUCAUUCAUCAAUUUUUGGACAAGGGAGCAAUUUCAUGUAAUAUUCUUAAUUUGCCAAAGAAGUGUUCAGUGUCUUCUAAAGGCACUCCGAGGGUGUGGUGCCUUGAGAUACAAGUUUACUUUGUUCUGUGACUGCGCUUGUAUGUCAAAAUUCUUGUAUCUCAAAUUCGUGCUUUUAUCCGAAGACAAAAAACUCAAAAUACAAAAUGGGCAAGCGACAGUUCGGAUCUUGGAAGUCAAGGCGCUCGUAUGUCAAGGCACUGCUGUAUUUUUCAGAUUGUUUUGUAAACACACUGACCGAGUCUGUAAAUAUUUGGAAAGUCAAAAUAUGAUCCCGAUAUUUGCUGAAGGAAAUUCAGUGGGAUGCCCAUCCCUAAUCGACGCAACCAGUUAGUUGGACAUAUUCUUUUGCUUUUGUGUUGAAAGACACUGAGGACUUUUUGGGGUCAUUAUUUUUGUUUUCGGAGCGAGUAGUUGACAGCCUGAUGCUUUUGAAUUAUGAUUUUCUUUGAUUGGACAGAGCGAGACCUCCGUGUUUGUUUCCUGCAAACACCGAACGCUGAGCCAAUUGGGACUUUUAACGCCGUCUUUCCCUUUAGCCGAGCUUAACACGGCCCAUCUCCCGGAAUGAAUAUUUCUUAAUUUAUUUGCGUAUUUAUUUUUGGUGUAUCUCUGCGCCUGUACAGCAGCUAGCUCGGUCGUCGUCGUCGAUUGAUGCGCAUUGGGCCGUGCGCUGGAGGCGGGGCCUGUGUGACGAGGUGGGACUCGAGCGGAGGCGGGCAACCUUUGACCUUUUUGGGGCCUUUUUAAUUUUGGGGAUAUUCCUCAUAGAGCUAUACUAAAUUUAUCCUAGUGACAAUUUUUUUUCCUCCUGUUUCAACUUUAUUCUCAUAAUAUUGCAAUUUCAAUUGUACGUUCCUCCCCCACCCUAAUUGUGUUACGUCUUUAUUUUUGAGCUCCUAUAUUCCCCCCCCGUAAUAUUACAACGUCAUUCUCAUAAAAUGCAGUCGUUUUUUUUCCCCCUGGUAAUAUUACGUCAAUAUUUUUGUUUCAAAAAUUCUCAUACAUGUUGAAAAAUUGUAAUAUUAUGACUAUUGCUGUAAUUGCAUUUAUAUUCUUGAAGUGUUACAACUUCAUUUUCCCCGACAUUCUUUUUUUUUUUUCAUGUAAUAUUUCUAUUUAUUUUGUAUGAAAUAAAAUAAAAAUGUAAGCCGUAAUAGAAUGCUAUACAAAAUUUAGGACAGUGAGAAUUUUUCCUCUGAAAGCCAUACGGAGCUUACGACAACCGGUGCAUUUUGGGGGCUUUUCAAAACUUCUUUGUUCUUUUUUUUGGGGCCCCGAGCGUGGCAGGUUUGACCCCCGACCCCGACCCCCUUUACCCACCCCAGCCGGACUAAAGCCAUGUGCCUCGCGCGCGUUCUCCCUGCCGAGUCCCGACGAACCCAACGGACAAUCAAAUCUGUACGAAAACGUGCCUUGUGACGAAGACGACCGCUCGCGUCGUCUUCGUCGUUCGAUUCCCAAGCGCGGUGUCGCAACCGGCGAGGCACGGACAACUUUUCGCCACGAUUUUUGACUGUUUGCUCUCAAUGUGCACUGUACAAACAAACAAAUGUGGUGGUUGUUGUUGUUGUUGUUUUUUUAAUUGACUUGUUUCUACUCCCGUGCUGAACUUCCUUCCUGCUCUUUUUGUAACACUCUGGACGAGGAGGAAUGAGUCACCACCGGUGCCCAGUAUUACGCCGCCGUCUUCUUUUAAGUUGAGCCUUCAGUGUCUUUUUGAUAUCACUUCAGGAGAACGAGUGCAUCGAAACUGUCAAGUGCUGUGAUUUGCUGUUGUUCUUUUUUGGGGGGGUUUCGUUUUAUACAAGUUCAAUGAGAAUUUGACACAAUUUGUAUUGAGGAUUUUUCAAUUUUUCUAAGACAAAAAGAGCAAACGAAACCACUCGGAUGCUCUUUUUUUGUUUUGUUUGUUUUUUCCAAUGUUGUGGCAUUUUGGGGAAAUAUUUGAAGACAUUUUGGAUAAGUCUGCUGUGUCACUCCGUUUAAGGGCUUUUUUUCAAUAGCUGUAAAUGAAGUUUUAAAAAAAUGCAUGUCCAACAUUCCUGAUUAUAAGAUGAAGAAAAAAAAACAAUCUGUAUCUAAAGUUUUUUUUUGAAUGUAAUUAAAUGGAGUAGGAAAGUCAAGUCUGUCCAUACAUGAAGUGAACAGUAGAGCCUCUUUGUUUAGUUUUUCUGGCUUUUUGUGUUUUUUUUGUUUUGUUUUGUUUUUGGCUUUCUUUGGCGUUCCAAAGUGGUCUGAAGGAUUUCACAGUGUCGGACAUUUUGCGAGGCCCAGUCCAGAUGUAGCAGUUUGCGUCCUCGGAGCGUCGGCUCCCCGGCGUGUCGUCUUGGGGACGGACGGGAAGAGGACGGGAGGACGUGGCUUCAGAUUUCCUUUUCUCGUGCAAUAUGCUGUACAUAACAGCUUGGCUCUGCGCAAUCUUGCAGUCUCUUCAUUUCUUUUCAUGUUCACUGGGUACUUUUUGCAGGUUUUUUUCCCCCAUUAAAACUUUAUGGACAACAAAA